AUGGAUCCGGCCGUUGUCGGAAGCGCCGAGUUUGGAAAGCUGUUCAGUACUCUUCUACCUGGCAAUUUCAACAACAUAGGCCCCGAGCAGAUUUUUUCCCAGCCCUUAGUCUACACUGGAGACGACGGCGUGCAGUAUGUCUAUGUGGCCACAACUCAAAACAAUCUUUAUAAGCUUGAUGCGAAGACCGGUGCGAUCAUCAUGAAGAGGAACAUGCAUGUCCCUUUCUUGACCGCUGAUCUGGACGGUUGUGUCGAUAUCAACCCGGCCAUCGGCGUGACUGCGACUGGAGUGAUCGAUCCCGAAACCGGGCUCUGGUAUCUCACUGCAAAGACGUAUUCGGAAGAGUUCCAAAGCGGUCUAUUCACCCCGGCCAAGCCCCCCGGACGACUCAACGGGAGGUACUACUUCCAUGCAAUCAACACGAAGGACCUUACGGAAGCGCCCGGCUUCCCAAAGCUAAUGGAUGGACUGAUCUUCCGGAACAACCCGAAUCGUAUGUUCCUUGGUGGCAACCAACACGCAAGGCCCGGGAUGCUGCAAGUAGGUGACUACAUCUACACUGGAUGGGCGUCCCACUGCGUUCAGUACAACUUUACCGGUGCCAUCAUAGGGUUCCACAGGACUACAGGAGCUGUCGUUGAAGCCCAUGCGCUGCAAGGCGGCCCCGAGCCUAUCACUGUCAAGGGAGCUGGUGUUUGGAUGUCAGGCGGUGGUUUGUCGUACGACGGCGCAGGCAGCAUGUUCUUCGCUACGGGAAACGGGUAUGCUUCUCAACUGCCACCAAACGGGGCCUCGAGACCUGGACGAGAUCCUCCCACCGCACUGGAGGAAGCGGCAGUCAACAUGAAGAUCAAUGACAACGGGACCAUCAACGUCGUUGAUUUCUUCAUGCCAUGGGAGAAGACGCAGCUCGAUGGAGCGGACAAAGACUUAGGGACAUCCCCUCUGGCGCUGUUGCCCACCAAUACGUUCAAGUGUGCUAAUGUCAAGCGCAUGGGAGUCGUUACUGGCAAGUCUGGAAAGACCUACUGGUUAAAUCUGGAUAACCUUGGAGGCUACCAGAUGGGCGCCAACAAACUUGACAAUGUACCUCAAGUGUAUCAGAACGAAAACUCUGUGUAUGCUGGAGCCGGUGUAUAUCCACUCGAAGGGGGUUACAUCUACAUCAAUGUCAUCCAGUACCAGACGCACAUCUUCAAGUUCAGCUGUGACGCUUCAGGCGAUCCGAAGUUCACAAAGGUGGCCGACACUCCAGAGAAGAACGCGUACGUCCUCGGCGUCGGGCAUGGAACCACCACGUCACUCAACGGUCAAGAAGGAACUGGUCUGUAUUGGCAGACGGAUGUAGAGGGCUAUAACCUCCGCAUCUACAACGCUGUCCCCACUCAAGCGGGUUCACUCACGUUGCUCAAACAUUUCAACAUUCCUGCCGUCACCAAAUUUAGUCGGCCAGUUUUCGGAAACGGCCGAGCGUACAUUGGAACUACGAAUGGGUAUCUGCAUGGCUUCGGAUCUCCUGUUAACCUACCGCUGAACUGCUCGUCGCCGUACACUUUCGAUAAGACACCUGUUGGAAGUAUCUCUCAGCCGCUUACCGUCACCUGCCUAGCCAACAUUGACACACAGGUUACUGGCUUGGCUCUGACUGGCAAUCAGAACUUCAACAUAUCCAGCAUCCCACCCAUGCCGUUCACCUUGGCCAAAGGAAAGACAUUCAGCUUCCAAGCUCAGUUUGCUCCAAAGUCAGUUGGGCCACUUUCAAGCGAUGUUCUGGUCACUACGACAAACGCAGUUGUAGAUUACUCGAAAAACACGCCGAUCUCUCUCAAGGGCACUGCCAACUCAGCCGCUCCUCUAUUAGCAAUCAGUCCAAACACCAUGUCGUUCAGCGUCGUCGUCGGCCAGGAAAAUGGAGGCUCGGCUCAGUCGGCCAUCUUCGCAAACCGCGGAGACGCCAUCCUGAAAAUCAACGAAAUCAUGUACUCCCAGACUUCUGAGAAGGAGGGAUGGGUAACGCCGAACACCACCAAUGCCGGCGUCCAGGUGGGCCCAUUUACAGUAACCAACGUUCCCACGACCAUCGCCCCCAAUGAUGUAGCCACAGUCGGCAUCAGCUAUAAUCCAUCUUCGACCGGUAACCAUGCGUUGUUUAUCAAGGUUAUCACGAACGGCGGUACGUUCGUACUAGACGUGGUUGGUGUUGCCGGAACGUCACCAAAAGCCUUGUUCCAGUUUGAGGCGGCUGAUGGUUCGGGAUGGAUAACUUACAAACCAGGCGUUCCCUUUACCUUUGGCGAUGUACUCCGAAAGCAGACUAAGAUGCUGAAGUUUCGUCUCACAAACAGCGGAAGUAACCAAGCAGGGGCCCUUUCAGUCACCGUUUCCAAGCCGCCUUACGGCCUUCCUGGCCUCGUCGGCGCGGUGAACAACGUUGACCUAGCCGAAGGUGUCCGCCUGACAGCUGGUCAGAGCGAGAUCGCUGUGCUCUACUGCUCUGUGCCAAACUCUCAGGUCAACCUUCCUGCUUACAACGGCUCGGCUGUGUGGACCAUCAAUACCGGUGACCCAGAGCUGGGGAAACAAACCUUUCAGUUCGACUGUAACGCUGUCACAGAGCAGUACGGUCCACUUCUUGGGAAUGGCAGCUCCAAAUACGGAUAUGUCGGAUGCUUCGCCGAGAAUAAUCCUGGCCGUCAGCUCUCGAUACAGCUGUACGGUGACAACACCAACACGAAUGAGAAAUGCAUCACCAGGUGUGCUGCCGCCGGCUACACGUUUGUUGGUACUCAAUACAAUACGGAGUGUUGGUGUGGCAACGCCCUUCCGAAUCGGAAGGACGACGAACAGGACUGCAAUUACAACUGUGCUGGAGAUGAGAAUCAGAUUUGCGGCGGCAACGGCUACUUCCAUAACAAAGCUCACAUGUCGCUCUUCGCUGAUCUAACGAAGUUCGAUGGUAACACUACGAGUGAGCCUACUCGUAUCCCCCAGACGGUCGGACCUUUCAACUUCAUUGGCUGCUAUGCUGAGACCGGUGCAAAGACAGUCGCUUCGAAAGCACUCGUAACCGCUGACAUGACCGUCGAGAAGUGCGCCGCCAAUUGCGCUCAGUACACGUAUUUCGGCAUCGAGUACGCGUCGGAGUGCUUCUGCGGCAAUCAGUUGGCUGCCUCAUCGAAACUUACGGAUUCAACCCAGUGCUCCAUGACCUGUUCCGGAAGCAACAGUCAGUACUGCGGUGCAGGAAGCAGGAUGCAGAUGUAUCAGGUGGGUGCGGCAGGACAGAGUUCCUCCGCUCCAUCAGUUACCCCUACUGUGGCUGCCUCUACAGUAGCUGCUACAACUACUGGUGCUGGCUCCGCUGCAACCACAACCCCGGGUAGCUUCGAGUCGAAGUACACUUACAUGGGCUGUUACAACGAGACCCACGUUAGCAGGGCUUUGAACGAGAAGGGCCAAGGAGGUGGACCCGGCAUGACCUUGGAAUCAUGUGCUGCUUAUUGCUCCGGCUUCGCUUAUUUCGGGGUGGAAUACGGCAGUGAGUGCUACUGCGGCAAUACCCUUCGCAGCUAUCCGAACGGUGCCAAUGGUCCUGAGUUCUCUGUUAAGCAGACCACCGAAGCCGGCUGCAACAUGAAGUGUAGUGGCAACACUGCACAGUCGUGUGGUGGAGCCGAUUACUUCAAUCUAUACUACACCAACAGUACGGCCUCUGCGACCACGACCGCCGCAGGAGAUGGACCAAUCGUCAAGCCAACGCCUACCGGCGGUCCAACAGCAGUACCCUCUGCAGGAAACUUCGCCUACCUUGGUUGCUACAACGAGGUUGACGGCCGCGCCCUUACCAACGGAGGCGUCGCCAAUUCUUCGAUGACCAUAGAGCUUUGUGCCACGUACUGCGCUAACUUCGAUUACUUUGGAGUCGAGUAUAGCCAAGAAUGCUUCUGUGGAAACGUAUUGUCCGCCAAAUCUCUCCCAGUUACUGAUGGUCGAUGCAACAUGGUGUGCGCGGCUGACAGCACAGAAAUUUGCGGUGGCCCUAAUGGGCUCAGUAUGUAUAAGAAGAACGGCACUGUCGUGACCUCCCAAUCCUCGGCUGGCGGUAGCUCGACUGUGGCAUCCAACAUCGCUUCUUCUUCGGCGGCGGCCAGUGCAACUGCAACACCUCUUGCUUGCCCUAGUUCUAAUGGUACCCUACACACUGUCGCAGGCGGAUCCAAGUAUUUAGUUCGCUGCGGUGUUGAUCCCGCCGGAUGGGAUAUGCCAAAUACGGGGAAAUACGCCCCAACUCUAGAAGCUUGUAUUCAGGGCUGCGGCAACACUGUUGGAUGUAUGGCAGUUUCUUGGGUUGCCGGUGGAGGUGCCUGCUACAUGAAGAGUAAGAUUGGAUUCCUCAACACCAACGCGGGCGUAUGGGCCGCGACGUUUGACGCCGAUGCCACUGUGGCUUCAACGUCGUCUGUCUCUUCUUCGGUCGUGGCUCCUGCUGGGAACUCGUCUUCUGUCGCCACAUCCGUUACGCCCUCCAGCUCUUCACCCGCCAAUCCGCCCGCAGGUUCAAGUGCAGGUGCGUCCUCGACAGGCAGCACGAACCUGAGCUCAAGCGCUAGUGCCGUUGCUUCAUCUUCAGGCAACGGUACAGAUUCGCCCGUCGUAACUGUGUCGGGGGCGAGUGGAUCCGGCUCUGUAACUGUAUCCUUGCAGUCAACAGCCUACUCUCUCACCUACAGCAGUCCAAGCGCAGGUGCUUCGUCAUCCAGCUUCUCGUCAGCGGCUACUACCACAACAGCACCGCCACUUUCCUCCAGCUCGUCUGCAGGUGUCCCAGCGGGCUCUUCACCCGCCUCCAGCUCAGCUGUCGCGCCUUCAUCCGCGACCGCUCCCAGCUCCACUGCUCCCACCGCAGUCCCUACCGUCUCAUCCUACGCCUUCCAAGGGUGCUACUCCGAGGCCACCUCCGGCCGCGCGCUCAGCGCUCUCGCGACCGCCAACGGCACCUCCAUGACACCGCAAAUGUGCGCAGCUCACUGCAUCAAAUACGCCUGGUUCGGGCUCGAAUUCGGCAAAGAAUGCUACUGCGGGCCCUACCCACGCACCGGCUCUGCAAACGUCACCAACCAAGCUGAGUGCAACAUGAAGUGCCCCGGCGACAGCAGCGCGCUCUGCGGCGCGGGCAACAGGCUUCAGAUGUACUACUCGUCGGACUCAACCAAGGCCAGCGCUGACCCGGCUGUCGUGCAGCAGAGCGGAAACUAUGAGUACUACGGCUGCGUUGUCGAUCCUGGAAAGCCGAGAGCGCUGUCGGUGCUGUCGUCUUCGGAUAGCAUGACCGUUGAGCUGUGUCUUGCGACGGCUGAGGCGAAGGGCUAUCAGUGGGCCGGUGUGGAGUAUGGUCGCGAGUGCUGGAUGGGCAAUACGCUGGACCCGGCUGCUACGUUGGCUACGGCGGCUUCGCAGUGCAACAUGGCUUGCAAGGGCGCGCCGGGGCAGAUUUGUGGUGCGGGAAGUAGGCUUACGCUUUAUAAAAGGAGCGCGUAG